CGUUAAAUUUGUAUUAACGUAAAUAUAAAUCGUAUGUACUUAUGCGCAAUGUACCUUUAAGCGCAUUUAACCUCGAAAGAUUUAUUUAAGCUAUUGGGGUAUUCAUAACAAUUCGCAUGUACAUAAAGUUUACCGGUGCAUUUGCUUGUUAUCGGAUUUACUUUGUAAUUCAUUAGAUAUCAGUUAAUUUCUAAAGGAACUGGCAAUCCUGUAGGUCUAUAAAAUCGCAGAGAUGGAUAAUGCGUUUAUGUUACAAAAGCAGAUAAAGGAAAACUCGGAGGAUUUACAAAAAGAGUUUUGUGAUAUGGAAGCAUGGGAAGAACAAAUGAGAAAAAAAGAUUUAGAAAUUCGUAAUAUGAAAAAUAAUGAGAAAUUACCUGCGAUUAGAAAGAAGAAGAAAAAGAAAAUUGUUCCCACCCCUGAUGUAGCUAAAGAUAAAAAACCUAAAAAGCCUAAAAAAUGUAAUGGAAUUUCUGAUUAUGAUGCUUGGAAUAAAUUUGAUGCUGAUGAAGCAUGUAAGGAAAUAGAUGAUAGUAAUAAUUUAACGGAGAAAAAAGGUGAGAGAAAGUUUGAUUUUGAAGUACCUGAUAAAGCACAGUUAGAAGAAGAACACGCAAGAGCGGUGACAAAAAAAAAUGAAGGAAACGAUCUUGUCAAAAAACAGCAAUAUACCAAAGCAAUUGGCAAAUAUAACGAAGCUAUACAAAUAUUUCCUUAUGAUGCAACUUUUUUUGCUAAUCGAGCUCUAUGUCAAUUAAAAAUAAAUAAUUUAUAUUCAGCUGAAGGUGAUUGCACCACUGCUAUACAACUUGAUAAUUACUAUGUUAAAGCAUACCAUAGGCGAGCCACUGUAAGGAUAGAAUUAAAGCGUUACACGGAAGCUGAAAAAGAUAUAGAAAAGAUUCUAAAAUUAGAACCUUCUAAUAAAGAAGCUGCAUACAUGCUUACAGUUGUUAAGAAAAAGAUUAGUAGUUCAUCAAAGAUGAUGGUUAUAUCUGGAGAAAGUGGUAAUGAGAAAAGUUCGAUUGAAAAAGUAAUUGGAAAAAAAUUAGUAUGUAAAAAUUUAAUUAAUACUAAAUUGACUGAAAAUAAGAUAGAAAAAACACAUUUGAGCGAUACAAAAGAUAAAUCGAGCGAAAUUAAAGGUAAUAUAAUAAAACAGAGUAAUGAUAAUGUUGAAAAUGCAAAAGAUCAAUUAAAUACAAAAUUAAAAACUUCUGGAAAUAAAUACGCACCUGAGGUUAAGAAGCCAAAUAAUGUAGAAAAAAUUUUUAUAAAUACAAGUAAUAAUGAAAAAUUACCAUCUUGGUUACCUAAAUGUAGAGAAGGUUUAAAGUUUGUUCAACCAUUAGAAAAAGUUACGGAACGAGUAAGCAAAAGUCAAAUCUUAAGGAGAAUAAGCGUAAGUGAAGUAUUGCCAAAUGAAUCUAUAUUUAAAGAUAUCGAAGAAAUAAAUGAAGAGAAGAAUAUGCAGUCGGAUGUGGAGAAUAAGACUACUUUGAAAAUAAACAAUUUGGAAGAAUCAAAAAGUUCUGAAAAUAAAUGCGAUCAAACUGUUCAAAAUGUUAAGACUGUAAGUACAGAUCAAGAAUUACCAUCUUGGUUACCUAAAUGUAGAGAAGGUAUAAGCAUCGUUGAUCCAUUAACAAAUACACUGCGUCGAGUAAAACAAACCUUAAAGAGAAUAAGCGUAAGUGAAGUAUCGUCAAAUGAAUCUAUAUUCAAAGAUAUCGAAGAAAUAAAUGAAGAGAAGAGUAUGCAGUCGGACGUGGAGAAUAAGACUACUUUGAAGAGAAACAAUUUGGAAGAAUUAAAAAAUAAUACUGUUAGUGUUAAAGAUUGUUCGCAUAAUACUAAUGUAACAAAUGAUUUACCUCCGCCACCAAGAUCAUUUGUAGAGUUCAUGACAAUCUGGCGUAAAAAUGCAUCCAGUGAUUUUCGACAUAAAUUUUUAUUGCAAAUUACACCCAACGAUCUUCCAGAUAUAUUUAAGGAUUCACUAGAAUCUAAUUUAUUUAGUGAAAUUUUAUCAAUUCUCAAUAUCGAAUUUGUAUCAAACAAUGAUAAAGUUUACGAUUUAUUAUUUUACUUUGGAAAAGUUAAGAGAUUCAGAGCCCUAGUACUUUUUAUGACGCAAGCGGAUAAAAAAGCAUUACAGAAUCUCUUUAAUUAUUGCAAAUGGAACGAAAAGAAAACAAAGCAAGAAAUAAAUUCUCUUCGAACAAUGUUUGAGAUGUAGUAACGGUUUGCUAAUUACGAAAGCAAUGCGUUUUGUGAUAACAACAGGGAAUAUGUUGCAAGAAUUAUUUAACGCUUUCAAUUUCGAGCUCAGGUCACUUAGCAUCCAUCCAAACCACGAAAGUAAAAUACGCACGCACGCUUAUACUACACCAUCGUAUAACCAUCGUAUUAUCGAUAAAAAUUAUGAACUUUUUAAUCGUAAGUCGUAUAUACAUGUUCCAGCUCUUGCUUAAAUAAUCAUCUUUGCUCAUUAGUCGUGCAAAAGAAGAAAAAAAA